AAAAAAAAUAAAAAAGAAAUAGAGAUGGUUGACAAUGCAAAUCUCCAAUUAAUACCUAAAUACAACACUGAUCCCUUUUCCUUUAAUCAUCAUCAUCAUAAUCAUCAUGUGCAAAGAUAAGGUGGUUUCUAUUAUUACUACCUUAAGUUCCCUUCCAGAAGAUAUCCUUCUCAAAAUUGCUUCGCUACUUCAGGUGCGGGAUGUGUGUGCCUUAGGUUGUUGUUCAAAUUUCUUCAACCAAUUCUGCUUCUCAGAUUGCGUUUGGUAUCCUAUUCUCACUAACAGAUGGCCCUUGCUUCAUUCCUCUCUUUUCCUAUAUCCCAAGACAUGGAAAAUAUUGUACUUUGAGAGGCUCACCGAGUUGGGACUUAGAGCAGCCUCUGUUGACACUUUUUUGAAAGCCUCUAUGCAUCUUCAAUCACUUGAGGUUGGGGACUAUCUGAAAGCUUUUGAAACCAUUCAUGCUGCAAGGUUUGGUUUUGAAGACGUUCAAAGGUUCAUGUUUAAACCUCAAAUCAAUGUCAUUCUUAACUUGCUUGCUGUGCAUUAUUGCAUGGCAAUCCUUGGGAUUCGGGGUGAAAAUCUUGCAGAAACCCUUCGGACUUGUGAGAUAUCACAUCGGCAAGUAUGCGUGAAGUGGUGGAAAGUACUUGGUAGGACGGCCUAUGGUUACCGCAGGAGGGAUGAGUCGCAUAUUCGUUGGAUUUCUUUGGGAGAUUUUGCAAUAGAAGAUGAUGAGCCUCUUUUGGGAGUGCUUCGUCGAGGUACUAUUCACGAGGUUUUACGUGUUCAGAUCUCUUCUGGUCAUCAUCCAAGACCUUUAUCCUUUGAGUUUAUCCAGCGUUAGUAUAGUUUUAGUCUAUAAAACUCUGCAGUAAUGAAUGCAUCAUGUGCCGUAUGUCAUCAAAGACAGGGGCAUCAAUAAAUUAUAAUGCUUGUUAUUAUUAUCUUUGUUGUUAUAUUGUAUACACCUACACUGCUAAUGGAUAUUUCAUGCUGAGUUAUUCUCAAGCUCAUAGCAAUGACCAGGCUUUAAGUGGUGCUGCAUCGCCUAUUUGUAUUCUCUGGAAUCUCUCAAACAUGGGUACUCCAAAAUUCAUGUGGUACCUGGUACCAUAUCUGUACCCAGUAUUUGUGGGUACUUUUUCUAUUACACUGUAUAUUAUUUCUGUAUUGUUUACUACAUAAAUAGCAUUUUCUGGAUUACCAUUAUGUAAAUAUCAAUCUUUUUAUCUCAAUAUUAUUGGUUUUGUAUAUUUUUUCCUAA